UGUACAUUGACGAAAUGUCAGUAGAUGAAAAGCCCUUUGGACAAAAAGUUGAUAGGCCAAAAGUCCGCUGACGAAAGGUCGGUGGGAAAAAAAUUGACGAAAUUUCUGUUGGCGAAAAGUGUUUUAAAAAGAGCGUGUAAAAAUAAGAGACAGCUAUAGAAAAAGACAAUUUAAAUGACUAAAUAGUUAAAAGAAAGACGGUUAGCUUAAAUUUUUCGUCAUUUUUAAAGAUUUUUUUACAAUUUUUUAAAGUUUAUGCAUCAAAGAAAUAUUUUUAAAAUACGUCCUCCAAAUCAUGAAGAAUUAGCCAAAACAUAUCCUCAAUUGAGAAGCAAAUGUUUUGUGGGGGCAAAUGGAAAGGUCUGCAUUGAUUUCUCGUCUACAGAAGCUGUUCGUUCAUUUACUGAAAUAUUGUUGCUUGAAUAUUUUGAAUUAAAUGUGUCUAUUCCAAAAGGUGUGCUAGUUCCACGUGUUCCACAAAGAUUAAAUUAUCUGUUGCUGGUUGAGGAUUUGGUUAAUUUGAAUGGACUGGGGGAGGAGGAAAUUGUGGGGAUUGAUAUUGGAACUGGUCCUCUUUGUAUAUUCUCUUUACUUAGUGCUUCUCUAAAUAAUUGGAAAUUCGUUUCUACUGAUAUUUGUAAUGAAUCACUUCAAACAGCAAAGGAAAACUUGAAAAAUAAUUCUUUGGAAUCCCUUGUUUAUUUACUCAAUAUAGAAGACGGUUCUUUCUUCAAGAAAAUUUUUGAACUGCCCGAAUACAAUUCAACAAUUUUUGCUUUUUCUGUUUGCAAUCCCCCAUUUUUUGAUAUUAACGAGGCUGAAAAGAAAUUUGCCUCAAUUGGAGAUGUUUCUCUGCAAAAUUUACCAAAUAGAAGUAGAGGCCAACCACGCUCUGGAACAACUGCUAUAGCUGAAGAAAUUGCUUAUAAGGGUGGCGAAAUUAAUUUUAUUUGUCAAAUGAUAGACGAAAGUCGGCAACAUCCAUUAAAGACAAGAAUCUACACAACAAUGAUUGGAAAAAGAUCAACAUUGAAGAAAUUAAAAUUUUAUGUGGAAGAGAAGAAAAUUUCAAAUUAUAAAAUUUUUACCUUAACUCAAGGAAGAACAUUUAGAUGGGUUUUGGCUUGGUCAUUUUUUGAAACUAUUAAUUUGGAUUUGAAUGAAAAUAAAUUUUAA